AUGAAGCGCUGUCAGCCGGCCAGCAAACCCAAAACCCCCCGCCUGCAGAUCGACGGCAUCGAACCAUUGCUGGUACCGUGCAAGCCCGGCGAGUUCCACCGGGGGCACCCGAGGAUCCCCCCGUGCUGCGGAUCGGUCAGCACGUUGAGAAAGGGCCCCUCUUUGGACUGGCCCACGAGGCUGCGGGUCGCCGAGGACGCCGCCCGGGGAUUGAACUACCUGCACAACGACAUCGUCCCCGCGUGCCUGCACCGCGAUAUUAAGCCGGCCAACAUUCUCCUGGAUGCCAACCUCAACGCGCUGGUGGCAGACUUUGGGCUGGCGAAGCACAUCUCGGGGGACGCCAGCCACGUGGAAACGCGCAUGGCGGGGACCUUCGGAUUCAUGGCACCGGAAUGCCUCCUGAGUGGAACCGCAACGAAAGCUGGCGACGUCUUUGCUUUCGGGGGGGUGCUUCUGGUCCUAAUCACAGGACGCGCCAUGUUUGUGAAGCAAGCCAAGGGCAACCCCAAGACUCUCAUCCAAUGGAUUUUCGACCGCACUCAUCUGGAGGACCCGGGCGAGUACGUCGACCGCAGCCUGGGGGCAAACUUCUCCUCCGACGAGGCCGCCUUUCUGCUGGCGCUGGCGCUCGGUUGCGUCUCCCGGGCGGAGCUUCGCCCAACGAUGGCCACUGUCUUGCGCCUGCUCACCGAGCUCCGGGGGGGGAAGGUCCCCUGCCGAAUUGGCGGCGGCGCUGCCCCCCCUGGAGGUGCCGGGCACCGAAUUUGGGCCGGAAAUAUCGUCAGGAGGAAGCGCCAGCUACUAUCAGCAUUCCGGGGGCAACAAAACGAGGAGCUCGGGAUUUUCUACCGAGCACUCGGUCGGGAUGCACCAGCCGACCGCUUUAUCUGA